UUAUAAUAUCGGGGGACAGAAAACAACGAGGAGCCGACUAGUGCGGUGGCGAAAAGAACCGUCCUCGUCUCGGCUAUUAAAAGUGUCGGAAAACUUUUGAGUAUUUGCGCGUCCGAAAUUAGACAGACAGCUGGAUGGACGGCCCCGAGAUCUGCUGACACACAUUUAUUGCAUUCAUCUGUGAUUUGAUUGUUGUAUUUAUCGGUGAUUAUCAUUCAUCUAGAAACUGGUCAUCAUCAUCACCAUCAUAGGAACGGCGUUAUUCAUUUAUUCGGUUUUUUCCUGGUUAUGAAGUGCAGUGUCAGCCUCCGAGGCCAGUCAGUUUCGAUUUAGCUGUCCAAGUGUGUGCUCAUCUUGUUCUUCGUUCGUGUGUGUGUGUGUGUUGUGUUAUGCGCGCGCUCAGCACACAAAGAAAUAUCUCGAAUAACUCGGCCAUUGUCGGAUAUCUUUGAAACAGGUUGAAUCGACAAUGGAUUCGGCCUCGGAUCGGGAGGCAAAGGCGAGCAACGGAGGUGGCGAGAGUCACAGAGGCACGCCGAAUCAUCAUGGAAGCUCAUCGUCCGCCAUGAGUGUCCAGCAGGCCCAGCAAGCUCAAGCCCAAGCUGCAGCUAUGAACGCCCUCGGACUCCUCGAUCCUUCAGCCCUCUUUGCGCAUUCGUUGUUUGCUGCCGGAAUUCCGGCUAGUUACAACCCGAUGGCUCCGAUGUCCGGCUACGGUCUACUGGGUCAAGGCGGCCCGUCACCUUUCGCCCCUCCCUCGUCCAGCAAUCAAGCCAACGCAGCAGCUCAGGCCGCCUGGUGGCAGGUAGCUUCACAAAUGGAUUACUUGGCCCGGUUGCAGCACGCUGCCGCAUCCGCUUCCGCUGGUUCUUCGUCCGGUCGUGGCGGCGGUGGCGCUUCGUCCUCUUCCGCCGCCGCCGCCGCUUCUUCCUCAACAUUCCACGGGAUCCCCGGAUUUAGCGGCCUCUCGGCGGCCGACAGCAUGCUGGCCAGCUACACGAUGGCCAUGAACGCGGCGGCACAUUCCGGAAACGUUGGCGGCAAAUCGGCGAAAAGCUCGUCGUCGUCGUCGCGCAACAGUUCCAAUCCCAUCGUGCGGGAUUCACUCAGCACGCAGCCUAUUCCUUCCGCCUCGACAGCCUCGCCCUAUCAGCCGGCCAAUACCUCGACUCCGUCAAGUGGCAAAUCUCGUCCACCCGCCGGAACUGAACUCAAAUUCAUGACUCCCGAAUCGGCCGCUCAGACUGCCACCCCUACCACUAGCAGUUCCGCCAACCGUAAGAGCAGUUCCAGCAGCAAAAAUCGACGGAGGGCCAACACCUCCAACAAUCUGGAACCGGCCUCCGUCUCGGUCCACACUUCCGGAUCGGCCACGACACCCAGUUCCAGUUUGUCGUCUCUCUCUUCCAUGGCCAUGUCGUAUCCUUUCUUCGGCAAUCCACUCGCCUCCCUGGCCAUGCCACCAGCCAUGGCCGCAGCCGUCCAGUCGGUUCAAUCAGCCCAGUCGACUUCUUCUUCUUCACCCGCCAACGAGGACAAGAAACGAUCCGGCAAGAAAUCAGCAGAUCGACAUUCGAUGGAUUCGGCAGCCGUUCAACUGCUUCGUUUACCGGCCACGACCAGCAGCUCCGUCACGGUGACGACAACCAGCAGCCUCAACAACAACACCAUCAACAACGGGACAAAAGCUCGAAGCCAAACCGUCAACGGCAAACCCUUGGCGCUGGAUGUCAGCUCGCUGAUUGGGAAGCCCAGCACAUCACAGUCGACGACCUCGUCGGAAGAGGCGCCACUGAAUCUCUCGAUGAAAGCCAAAGAGGAGCCGUCGCAGCAGCCGACCUCGUCGUCGUCUUCGUCGGCCACUUUGUCUUCAUCCACGUCCAGCUCUAGGCUGGGCCGCGGUGUGUCCAUGCCCAAGAAGAACACUGUUGCUUCUUUGCUGGCCCAGAGUCGCAACCAGCGCAGCACCAGCCCUGGCGCCGGAAGUGGAGGUUACAACAGCAGCAGUGCGCCCACAGUCUCGGCUCCGCAGGCUCACGCGGCCAGCAAUGUCGGAUCGAGCCAGGCUUCCGCCGCCGAAAUGAAAGCCAUGAAAGAUAAUUUGGCGCUGUACACGGCCAUGCAAGAGCUGAGCAACGCCAAAUUAUCCAGCGCCUACCUCAAUGGAAUCAAAGACAGUUUGAAUUCCGGCGGCCAAGCGGGCGGUAGCGACGCCAAUCACGCCAUCCAGGAUCUGCUGCGGGCAGCCAGUCUCUUGGGCGGAUUCGGUUUCGGUGGCAAUCCACUUUCAGGCCUGCCUCAAUCUGCUGGCGCCCAGCCUUCCGGCAACAGCAAAUCCUCCAGCAGCACUCCUAACAAAUCUUCAGCUGCUGACGGCGCUAGUAGCAAGACGGAAGCCAAUCCGGCUUCCAAGAUUAACGAGCAGUCGAGAAGCAAAAGUACACCGACGCCGGAAAACGGCCAGGCCAGGACCAGCGAGUCCCAUCGAGGCAACGGAAAGUCAACCACUCACGACGACACUCCAGCUAGCGACGAUUCCGAUAGUAUGGAUGAGGAUGACUCGAUGAUCGACAGCGACGACGGAUGGGCCGGAACGGGCGAAGGUGGAGACGGCGAGUCGAGAAAGCGGAAUGCGGAUGGCGGUGAAGGUAGCGACGACAGGCCGUCGAAGCGUCGGCGAUUUGUCUCUGACGAAUCGGCAUUGCGAGUCCCGCUGAAUCACGGCUGGAAACGUGAGACCCUGAUUCGUGCCAUCGGCAAGUCGGGCGUUCGCGGCGAAGUGACUUAUUACUCGCCCUCUGGUCGCCGCUUCCGUCAAUAUCCGGAUGUGGUUCGAUACCUGGAAAGGCAGGGCAUUGGAACCAUCACGCGGGACAAUUUCAGUUUCAGCACGCGCUGCAUCGUCGGCGAAUUCAUCCAGCCGCUGGGCGAAUCUCCCAACGCCAGAGGAAUCCGACUGGGCGAGCCGGAAGUGCGACAUUUAGUCGACCAGAUCCGCAUCGCUCGUGGAUGGAAGCCGCGCAGCCGUCGGAUGACGGAAGAGGAGAAGGAGGCCAUCACUCGACAGCGCGAGGCCCAGCGAGUGGCCCAGCGGAUGGAAGCGCAAGAGAUGGCCCGGCAGGCGCAGGAAGCCAAACUCCAGCAGAGAAUGGAGCGGGAACGGGCCCUCCAGGAAGCCAAAGAGGCCCGCCGUCAGAUGCGCGAGCAGGAAAAGCUGGAACGACAAGAGGCCCAGCGCAAGGAGCGAGAACUGCGCACCCAGCAGCUGAUGGAAGCCCGUAAGAAGCGCCAGGAAGAGCUGGAUCGGCUGCGAGAAGAGGAGCAGCAGCGUAAAAUCCAGGAGCUCAAUAAGCAGCGCGAACUCUUCUACACGGCCGAGCUGGAACGCGAAAGGAAGCGGCAGCACACGGCCGUCGUCAAAGCGCUGGAAGCCCGGAAGCGCUACGAGGAUCGCGAGCGACGACGCGAGGAAUUGAAGGCCGAGAAACGGGCGGAACGCGAGAAGAAGAUGGAAGAACGUCGACGCGAGCUGGAAUCGUGGCGCGACCAGCGCAGCCCCACCGAAGACACAUCCUUGAUGGAUCACAAGCCUUUACCCGACAUUCCUCGCAUCACCAACCUCAAGCUGGCCGGACAGGCCCUGGCUGACAUCCUGAUGCUCUACGAGUUCCUGCACACGUUCGGCGAAACGCUGGGCUUUGACAUGGAGAGUCUCCCCUCGCUGGACAGUCUCCAGAGAGCCCUGCUCUACGACAGCGAAGCCGAGGAGGAGCUGCUCUCUGUCAUGACGCACUUGCUGGUAUGCUCCAUCGAAGAUCCGGGCAUUCCGCACCCCAACCGGCACACGACCCUUUUGGGACAGACGCUGAAACAGGCCGACAUUACGACGACCAACGUCAGCGAGAUAUUGCGCAUCUACUUGCAAGCCAACGGAUUGGGUGACAUGAAAAUGCCGGCCGCCGACAAGAUCACGUCCAGCCCUCUGAAGCUGGCCGCCGGUGAAUAUCCGGACACGGAAGCCUUCCUCAUGUCCGAGUGGCUUAAACGCAAGCCUUUCCUAUCACUCAAUCCAACUCAAAAGGCGGCCAUUUUGGGAUUUAUGGUCAACGAAUUACUCCAGAACAAGGCCGUCAUUGGUCAAAUCGAAGGUGCCAUCGAGGGUCAGAACACGGCCAGAAGAGAUCGCUGGAUCGUGGACACGAAAAUCAAGAAGCUCAAAACGCUUCAUUCUAAAAAGCAUCGAACGUCACUCAUCAGUUCAUCCAUCAAUUUCUCAUCCACGGCGGCCAACAAAGCGGACCCGAUGGAUGAUUCGACAAAUCACGACGAAACCAACCAUUCGGCCAGCGGAAGCAAGAAAAAAGAUGAAAUCACCGAAACCGAAGAACAUCCGGAAGAGGCGGAUGAAGACAGUGGGGGUGAAGCUGAUGACAAUGCAGAUCAAGGCGAUGAGGAUGAAGAUGGAAAUCUUCCUGUGGAGGAGUUGAAACGGAAGAUUGAACGUUUAGGCCGGCAAAGUGCCCAAAUGUUGACUCAGUUAGCCUUGUCCGAUUUGCAAUUGCGAGCGCUCAAUAUGGGCCAGGAUCGCUUCCGGCGACGUUUGUGGAUUUUGCCGCACGCUGGUGGCGUCUACCUCGAAGCUUUAGAGUCCGGAGAAGCCAACGCCGGACCACUGGGUACUUGGGACGGCAAACCCGCCCCUCCGAUCGGCCCUCAGCGCAACGGCGACGAGCCGGAUGACGAGCCCAUGCCGGAAGUCCCACCAGUCAAAAGCGAACCGAUCUCUGACGAGCCUAAACCGACUCUACCCGUGCCGAAAACCGAACUAGAAGAUAAAGAAAUUCCUAGUCUCCAGGAACCAAUGGAAGUGGACCAACCGGCCGUUAAAACGGAAUUGGUCGAAGAAGCAACGGCGGCCGCCGAUGUCAAGAGUGAAGAAAACACGACCGCCGGAAUGAUACCAGUCACAGCCGAGGUCGUUCUGAAGAAGGAAGAAGAGACACAGGAAGCUCUUCCGGCUCUGUGGUUCAGCCUCUUCCCCCGCACUCCAUGCGAUCGCCAUUCAUCCGCCAACCAGGGCAAGGAUCGUUUCGGCUCGGACGAAGACGAAGGUGAAGGUCGUAUGUCAAAGAAAGAAGAAGCGGCCAAGGAAGAAGCUGAGAAAAUUAUCAUGCAACCCAUUCCGGAAGAAAUGACCCGCGGCUGGUGGCGGAUCGUCGAUCCGGAACAAGUCAAAACUUACGUCGAAUCGCUACAUCCUCGAGGCGUUCGCGAGAAGGAGCUCAACCGGAUGUUGACACGUUUUAUGGACUUUGCUCGCGAAUCGUGUUUGAAGCAUACGGAAAAGGACCAUCACGGCCAUGGCAAUCCCAAAGAUUUGCUGCUGAAGGAACUGCGCAACGCCGACGAGGUCAAACUGGUGGGCGGAGCCGCUUUGCCGGAUGCGGAAGGUUCGUGGUCGAGAGAGACGUCUCUGCGGGGUGACAUCCUCCUGCUGGAACAGAUCGAAGCCCUGGAAGAUCGCGUGGCCUCUGCCAGCAUGCAAGUCAAAGGCUGGAAAUUGCCCGCCCGGGCCACUUCUGAAAUGAACUUGAAAUUCCGCACGCCCGGAGACACGUCGUCUGAUGAUGACGAUGACGAAGACGAAAGAGUUAACCCCAUACAGCUGGCCAAAGAAAGGCUGUUGAGCGUCGAACUGGCCAUCGAACGUCGUUACCUGAAAGCUCCUCUCGGUCAGAGCAAAGGCGAUCUGGUUCAGAGCGUCCUGUCCGGCUCUUGCCCGUCCAGCGAGCCGCCCAAAGCCCUGCUGACAUGGCGAGAGGCCGUCAAACGCUGCGAAACGGCCGCCCAGGUCUCCAUGUGCUUUUACGUUCUGGAAACCUCCGUGGCCUGGGACAAAUCGAUCAUGAAGGCCAGCUGCCAAUUCUGCCACAGUGGUGAUAAAGAGGACCAACUGUUGUUAUGCGACGGAUGUGACAAAGGCUAUCACACCUACUGCUUCCGGCCACCCAUGGAUAACAUCCCAGAUGGCGACUGGUUCUGUUACGAGUGCCGGAAUAAAGCUACCGGCCAGCGCAACUGCAUCGUCUGUGGUAAACCCGGAAACAAGACUAUCAGCGUCCUCUGCGACCAGUGCCCUAAAGCGUAUCACAUCGAAUGCCUCCAGCCUCCGCUCGCCAAGGUUCCUCGAGGCAAAUGGCUAUGCGUUCUGUGCCACUCUAAAUCGCCGGCCAAGAAGAAGGCGGCCAGCAAGAAAGCGGCCAACCGAGAGCCGAGGAUCAGCGAAUCCGAGUCGACCUCGGCAGCUAAUUCGGCCAAAGAAAUUAAAGAAGCGGCCGACAAGAACGCGCAUUCCAACGACAGCGAAGCGCCUGCCGCCGCUGUCGUUGCCGGCCCUGGACCGAGCACUCCGGUCGCCACUCCGUCGCCGCGCCGAUCCUCCUCCGCUGUGGCUCUAAAGCGUAGCCUCAACCAGGCCAUCGCCAAGGAGAAGGAUCUUGCGCCGUGCAGGGAGAUCCUCGACCAGUUAGAAGCUCACGAUGAAGCCUGGCCUUUCCUUUUGCCUGUCAAUACCAAACAAUUUCCCACCUACAAGAAAAUCAUCCGCUCACCCAUGGAUCUGAGCACCAUCCGCAAGAAACUCAACGACGGCAUAUACAAGACAAGGGACGAUUUUUGUGCCGACUUGCAACUGAUGUUUGUCAAUUGUGUUACAUUCAACGAGGACGACUCUCCUGUCGGCAAGGCCGGCCACAGCAUGAAGACGUUUUUUGAUUCUCGCUGGGCCGAACUGAUCGCCCACUAAAGACGUUCAACUCUCGUAGCUGCCUUGCCACAACUCACUAUCGUCUCUCUUUUUCUGUCUAUCUCUCUAUCUCUUUAUACUUAAAAGCCACAAAACAUUUAAAAAAAAAAGAAGCAUGUAGUUUGUAUUUAAAAAACAUUUGCCCACCAAGUGAGCAUCGCCCGCCGUAAUUUAUUUGUCCCAUCACUCAAGAGAUAACCAGAAAACAAAACAACAUGAGUAGUAUUAUAUUAAUCAACUGUGAAUCAAAAACGACCUGCUAACAAGUGGAACUUUGAAUUGAUUGAUCACCCUUGACAUUCUUGUGUUUUCGCUUCUUUUUCGUAAACGAGAUUAUGUGCAACAUGUGUAAUUGCCGCCUCAUUUGUUUGUUUGGUUGUUUUUUUUUUUUUUUUCCUACUCCCGCAAUCCAUAUUUGAUGGAUUCACUUAAAAGCCGGGCCGCGUAAUUGAAGAGAUUUAUCCUGCCGCUGAUUGAAAAAAAAAAAGAAAACAAAAAGAAGAAAAACAAAAAAAUGACAAAUCGAGCAGGGCUCGCUUAUCAAUGUCUGGGUUGUUUUUUUUUUGUUUGUGUGCGUGUGUGUACAUAUGUUCAGUGAAAUGACAAAAAAAUUCGAAAUGUGGCAAAAAAUGGAGUUGAAUCACGCAGUGCGGCUGCAAUGAUGUAAUGACGAUGUGUGUGUACAUAGCCAAACGCGAGUUAUAACCCUACCCCCCUUAAUUUCGUGUAUUUAUUAUUAUGCACUCCUUAUUUCGAUAAUUUCUCAUUGGAUUCCGCCCGACAAUAUUUGGCUAUUCAAAACAAAAAGGAUGAACGAAAAACAAAUUUAACACUCGGGACGCAACAUUCGUAUCCUGGCCACACUCACACACUUUUGGCAAUUACGUUUCUUAUAUAUAUACAUAUAUAUAGGGAAUGGAAAAAAAAACCCAAUUCGUUUCAUUUCUUUCGCCCUAUUUCUUUUUCAAGCCUCUGCCCGCCUAUUAUUGAGCGUGGUUGUGCUGUGCAUGUCACUUGUAAGAGAAAAAACGGCACAAAUUCGUUGGUUGCAACGUUAAAAUAAAUAAAAUGAAUAUCACGUA